AUGAGGGAGGAGAUUGUAGAAGAACUUAUGACAGACUUGGAGGUCCACAAAGCUCAGCAUGGUGAGGAACUGUCCAAGAUAAAACAGCAGUUAUCAGACAAAAUGGACAGCUUAAUGAUGGACAAUGACACUAACAAGGAAAAUGUGACGCAGCUAAAAAAAAAAAGGAUUACGAGUCUAGAAAAGCAACUAAAGGAUACCAAUGGACUUGCAAAUGCAGCAAAGUCAUUUUCCGAUUUACGACACGAGGAGGCAAAUGUUAACAAGUUGGCACAUCGGGCUUUAAACAAGGAUGAGAAAACGGAUGCUGGACAAAAAGAAGACGGAGACGAGCUCAUCAAAGAGACUCUUGAGGGCAAAGUUGAUCCCAACUCUGAUGUCGUCAAUCUGCUGGAGAGUAUGGUUGUGGAUGACGGAAAUGAGCAUAAUGAGCAUCCUGCUGGAAUUGCCAAGAUUGCUUCGGGGAAAGGGAAAGUGUUUGGCGAUACUCACGACAAGCUUAAACUAACACCAGAACAAAUGAAGGAUCUUCAAAUCAGUGGCACUGGAAAAGGAAGAAGGAAUUUUAUGAAAUCAGCUACGCUUUGGACAGAUAAAAUCAUUCCCUAUACAAUUGCGAGCAGUUUAUCCGCUAAACAGAGCAACGUAGAUGUCAUUAAUAAAUCAAUAAAACAGUUUACGGACUACACGUGCUUGAAGUGGGUCCCGUAUGGUUCCGAAGAAGCCAAAAAGGCCUCGUAUUCUUCAUACAUCGAGUUCUUUUCAGAAAGUGGAUGCUGGUCGUAUGUCGGACGAGUUAAUGACGGUAAACAACAAAUAAGUCUGCAGGAUCCCGGUUGUGUUACAGUCUCCACCACUAUACAUGAAAUGGCCCAUGCAAUUGGACAAGAGCAUGAACAAUCUCGCAGUGAUCGUGAUAAUUACGUUACUAUGUUGUGGGCCAACACCAAUGGUGCAGAACGUAACCCAAACAUGGCAAAGAGCAUCACACACGAUUACAAUCCUUAUGAUUAUGAGUCAGUUCUCCAGUACAGUUUAACGUCGUUUUCUUCAAAUGGCGAACCAACGAUGAAGUUUCGUGACCGCCGACUGGAAUUCCUUGCCGAUUCUGCCACUGGACUUAUGUUCUAUGACAUUCAGGAUGUCAAUGAUGCAUACGAUUGUACCAAACCCUGCAAGGGUCCCAAAGGUGAUACUCCCCUGAAGCAGUGUCAAAACGGAGGCUUCGUCAUCCAUACCUGUAACUGUCACUGUCCAGGUGGUCUUACUGGCACCCUGUGUGAGACCGCUAUAACUGAUGCAGGAACAAAGUGUGGCCCGGGCAUCAUUACUUUAGCCGAAGGGGAAACAAAAACAAUAACUUCACCUAAUUUCAAUAACGGAGGACCAUAUCCUACCGGGAAGAAAUGUGUUUGGUUAGUAAAGGUAAGUGGGGGAAAGAAGGUUUCAAUGACGAUAAAUGAAAUGGAUUUAACAACAAAUUAUGGAGCAUGUGAUCACUGGCUGGAAAUACAGUACAAUUUGAUUGGCCAAACAGGUCCAAGACGCUGUGGAAAAUUAUCCCAAGAGACAUACGUGACAUCAGAUAAUGGGGACCCAUCCAUGAUGCUACUGAAAUUUGAUAGCGCGUUUGCCAAGAAAGCAACCGCUGGAAAAGGCUUUUCUCUAAAAGUGACACCUGCAGACGCAGGAUAUUAUUAUUAUUAUUCAACAAAAGCAGCAACGACACGGGCACCAGUAAGUGGAAAAUCAACACAACAACCAAAAACUACUCCACAACCAACAACACCUAAACCAACUGUCCUAUUUAGUUGUACUUUUGAGAGUGGUACCACAUGUUUUCUGCAAGACAUCACCUCGAAAGACGAAUUUAACUGGUCUAUAGGAAGUGGUGAGACACCCUCAAACGAGACAGGACCCAGUAAAGCAUUUGAAGGAACCAAUUACGCUUACAUUGAAGCAUCUGGAAGAGGAUCUGGUGAUACUGCUGUGUUAGAAAGUUCACCAAUCCAACCAAUCCAAACAGGCGAUCCAGUUAUGUGUCUCUCUUUCGCAUAUCACAUGUACGGCAGCAACAUCGGCUCUCUUGACGUGAUCUUCGAUAAUGCGACCUACUUUUACGAGUAUGACAACAAAGGAAACCAGUGGAAACAGGCAAAAAUUGAUCUUGCAGCACCUGAAUCUUCAGCCUCAUCGGUUGAUAGGAAUGUACCCAUGUUUCGUCAAAUGUCAUAA